AGUACACUUUGAACUUUGCUGUAUCGAAGCGGGCGUGUUGCUAGUGUAGAAUCAUGGCUCCCAAAUUAUACGGAGAUGCUCGAAGUCCUUGCGUUAGAGCCGUUUUGCUCACCGUAAAAGCCCUAAAUAUCGAUGUGGAAUACGUUAAAAUGGAUUUGGGUAAAAAGGAGCACCUAACGGAUGAAUACCUGAAGUUGAACCCCAGGCACACAGUACCAACAUUAGAAGAUAACGGUUUUGUAGUAUGGGACAGUCACGCUAUUAUGAUCUAUUUAGCGUCAAAAUACGGCAAAAACAAUCCUAUAUACCCUGAUGAUGAGCAAAAACGAGCAGUAAUCAACCAAAUGCUAUUCUUCGAGACAGGCGAUAUAUUCUCCGCUCACAGACACAUUUCUUACCCGAUUAUCUACAAAGGCGUCAAACAAACGCCCGUAAUUUGCACCGAAGAAUUGGAAAAAGGAUACAAAUACCUGGACGAGCUGCUGGCGCUUUCCAAAUUCGUGGCAGGCGAUGAAAUGACCAUCGCGGAUUUUAGCAUCUGGACCACCCUGUAUAAUUCGCAGAUUUGGAUUCCGCUCGACGCGGGGAAGUACCCCAACUUGGGCCGCUGGUGCGCCAUUUUGAAUAAAUUGCCUUACAAGAAUUUGAAUAUGGAGGGAUCCGAGGAGUUCAUGUCGUUUAUGAAGGAUUUCUUGAAGAAGCAAUGAUUUAUUUAGCUGUUUAAGAGGGUGUAAAGGGUUUAUUAUUACAAUAAAUUGGAGAUAAAUACGAUAGAAUCAUAUAUUUUUAUACACAAGUUCGAUUGGAUAUAAAUUACAAUCAUUGAAUAUAAUAAAUUAGUAUUUUGUAGAUAAAAGAAAUUUAUGAUACUUUUCGAUGGGAGUAUGGCAUGUUUUUUUUUUAUAUAUAUAGCGAAUAUAUUCGUUUAUAACAGAUAAUUGUUUUCGUACUAAUAAAGUCCAUUUUAUUUUGGAUAAAUGCAGUUUUAAUUACCUGUACACGAAAUAAAACGCUUCAUUUCUUACGCUCGUCGAAUAAUGAGAACGAUGAGUAAAAUAUAAUUACAUUAAAAAACUGAGUUUGUGGAGUAUGAGUUUUCACGAAAAAGUCCGGCAAAUUCGCGCAAACUGUUAUAUUACUGUAUAUACAAAGUAAUCUAUUAAAGCUUAGUGUUGGGAAGGGAAUUUCGUUUUAUUUUUUUUUUCUGUAAUUAUUCGAGAUAAAAUUAAUCAAGUAUAAUGAAAUAAAUGUUUUUUUUUCGAUAAAUAAUUAACCGAAUUUGCGCAAAUUUACACAAACCACCUAUUACUAGUAAAUAUAAAGGGUAAUUGAUUUACAAAGAUCAUGUAAAAAUUAAAAACAAUAUGGUAACAAUGGUGUGUUUGUGUAUGUGUUGCUUGUAUGUAAUUACCUGUAAUAAAUAAUCAUCAAUUACCCCGUAUAUUGUUUUAAUUAUAUACAGUUAUAAAAUGCUUUUAAUCUAUUUAUUAUCGUAUUAAUAAUAAAAUUUAUUUGUUCGUUUAAAUGAAAUACUUCCAUUGUAAAGGAACCGUCGAGACGCCGUGGAACGUAUUAAAACAAUUCUGUUAUUUUUUCACGACAUAGAGAUGGGAAAUAACCGUUCCACGGCGCCUCGGUUUGUGUUUCACACCAUAAAAACUAUUCUAAUCAUUUAUUAUAUUAUUAUUUUUUGUUUGUUUAAUCGCGUAAACGCCGCUAGUCACAAUUCUAAAAACCGUCGAUAACAUUUCGUGUGUUACAGAUUUUUUUUUCCACCAUUAACUAUAUUAUUAUUUGUCAUCGUAUUUUAAUUUUUCGUACCGAAAACGAAAGCUUCAACUUCAACCGCCCUAUAACUUCGUUCAAAGAGAUGGUAUAAAUAAAUAAAUCACAAACAAUACACGAUUAUUAAGAGAGUCGACAUGCAAUUAUUCGAAGUUUGCUCUUCACCUAGACAUGCAAUUUUCAUAUAAAUAUAAUCGUUAAAUAUAUAUAAUUUUUUCGAGUACACAGUACUAGCAAGUAACUAGAAUUAUUGCCGUUACAAAUCGACCGAAUUUCUGCAUGAGCAUCAUCAUCCAUGUCUGUUGUGUUUCGGAUAUCCAGCAAUCCAGAGUGCAUUUUUAGUACCAGAUUCUACCACCAUUGCAUCUGCUCGACUUGCACGUGCAUCCUUUGCUUGAUCCACAGCACUGUCAAAUAGACGAAUGUAGUGAUGGUGAUGAAGUAGAGGAAAGCAGACAGCAUGCAGCCUGGAACGUGCUCGACGGGAAUCUUCU